AUGACGACUUCCCCUCCCGGCCCUCGUCGCGGUCCGCCCCCGUCUCCCUCCCUCCUCCCCCCGCUGGCCACCGCCGUCCCACCAUCCUCCAGCCCCCAGUCCCCGGACCUUGCCGGAGAGAGCGUGUCCCAGCCCACCAUUUGUGGCCUUCCUCUCAAAUACGUCUCCCUUGUCACCCUCGCUGUCCAGAAUGCGGCCCUGUCGAUCGUCAUGCACUAUUCCCGCGUGUCCAUCCCCGCGGCGCAGUCAUACUCUCCCGCAACUGCCGUUCUUCUCAACGAGCUCCUCAAGGGCUCGAUAUCCUUUGUCAUCGCUUUUUUCCGCAUUGCCCAUGCCUCCGACGCCCCCGGCCUAGGUCUUGCAGGCUGGGCAUUCGCCAUGAAACGCGUCUGCAAGGAGGUCUUCAGUCUCGAUUGCUGGAAACUUUCCAUCCCCGCCAUCCUCUAUGUCAUCCAGAACUCCCUUCAGUUCGUGGCCAUCAGCAACCUCCCCGUCGCGACUUUCCAGGUGACAUACCAGAUGAAAAUCCUUACCACCGCUGCUUUCUCCGUCGCCCUCCUCCGCAAGAAGCUCUCCUCCUCCAAGUGGAUAUCCCUCCUCUUCCUCGCCAUUGGUGUCGGCAUUGUUCAGCUCCAGACCAUUGCCACGCGACAUGUUCCUGCCAACACCCCUGUUGGGAGUGCACACGACUCCGCCCCCCUUCACAUCCACAUGAUGAGCCCUCUCAAAGGCUUCGGUGCGGUGGCGGCGGCCUGCUUCACCUCUGGUCUGGCCGGGGUGUACUUCGAGAUGGUCCUCAAAAAUUCCAAGGCCGACCUCUGGGUCCGGAACGUGCAACUUUCAUUGUUCUCUUUGGUCCCUGCUGUUCUUCCCCUCUUCUUUGAGACCCACCACCCUGCACACGGCGGCAUUUGGGCCAACCUUCUCAGGAACUUCGGUGGUUGGGCGUGGGCGACGGUGGCCAUCCAGGUGCUCGGCGGGCUGAUCACGGCCGUGGUCAUCAAGUACUCGGACAACAUCCUCAAGGGUUUUGCCACCAGUCUUUCCAUCGUCCUCUCCUUCCUCGCAUCCGUCGCGCUCUUCGGUUUCCGCAUCACACCGAGCUUCAUCAUCGGCUCCUCUGUCGUCCUCAUUGCAACCUGGAUGUACAAUCAGCCACCGGGCAGGGAGCUCGUCGCGAUCACGUCCGUCAUUCCUGCAAAGCUCACCACCCCAGUGCCAUCAUUCCCCGGCACCCCCGUCGAGUCCGACGCGCCCAUCCUCGGCCAGUUCCCGUCCGAGAAGCAGAAGGGCUCACCCUUCGCGAGCCCACGCGCUUUCGCGAGCGCACUUGGGAUGAUCGAGCGUCAGCAACAGGAGCUCACGCCCGGGUUCGGGGAGACGCUCGACACGGCGCGUUACCUCAACGCGCCAUACGGCUCCCCGUUCCCCUCGCGUACGCCGUCUCCCAUUCCUGCGCAGGCCCCGUUCCCCGGCGCGCGCCCGCAGACCACGCCGCCGAGCAGCGCACGAUGGCAGUAG